AUGAAUUGUGAGAUUCCCAAGCCAGUAUUAGCUAGCCUUAUAUUCAAGGGUUUACUUAGCUCUUUUGAUAGCUUCGCCUUUAGAAAAUUUAAGGAAAUAUCUAGUAACUUUAAAGAGGUAGAUAUCGAUUCGCUUAUAUCUGAUUUAUUAUCAGAAGAGGCCCGAAUAGGUACUAGCGCGGAUUUAAAAGCAAAUAAAGCGUUUAAAAAUAACGCUAAAUAUUGCUCGCAUUGUAAGCAAAAGGGGCACUUAAAUUCAACUUGUUUUAAAUUGCACCCCGAACUAAAGCCGAACUUUAAUAAAAAGCCUAAUAAUAAGGCUAUAUCGGCUAAGGAUAAAGACUUCAAGAAUGGCUCUAGUAAAGCACUAAUGAGUGCUUUUACUAAUUCUAGCUCUAAUAGUGAAUUAAAUCACUUUGGCAUAGCUUAUUCUAUUACGAAUAAUAAUAAAUUCGUAUUAGAUUCAGGAGCCUCAGAGCAUUAUUCGCCUAAUAAAGCUUGGUUUAUAAAUUAUAAGCCAAUAGCUAAGAAGUCUAUAAUUAUCGCUAAUGGCGAUAUUAUGCCUAUUCUAAGCAUAGGUGAUAUCCCUAUUAAGUCGAAAAUAAGCUUAGAGAUUAUAAUUAAAAACGUCAAUUAUAUUCCUAAGCUAAAAACGACCUUAAUAAGUUCAAAAGAGCUUAUAAAUAAGGACUGGGCUAUUAAUUUCGAUCGAAAUGGAGCUAAAAUCUCUCAUGCUUCUUUCAAACUUUAUAUUAACGUAAAAUGGGCUAAUAACGCUUAUUUUAUAAAGGUCGAAAUUAAUGAUAAAUACCUAGAACCUCUAUUAUUCAAGGUAGAUCCUUUUGUGACUACCAAAUUAAGCCUUUAUCAUAAGCGCUUAUUGCACGUAAAUAAAGAUUUUGUUUUAAAAACAAUCGAUAAUAGCGAAGGUCUUUCUAAAGCUAUUGAACAAAAUCUUGAAAAUUGUGAGUCUUGCGUAUUCAAAUUAGAUAACGCAAGAGAAUUCACUUCGAAUAAAUGGACUACGUUUUGCAAAAGCAAAAGUAUAAUUUGCGAAUAUACUAGUCCUUAUUCACCUUCUCAAAACGGCAUAGCCGAACGAUUAAAUCGUUACCUAAUUGAACGCUUAAUAAGCCGAGACAAUAAAUUGGCCGAUAAAGAUGAAAAGGGGCUAUUAGUUGGUUUCGAAUCAGCUAAUAAUUACUUGAUCUACCUCCCGAGUAAAAGAGUCGUAAUUAGUUCAAAAAACGUUCUUAUUAAAAAAGACCUUAAAUUUAAAGACGAACUAAUUAACGAAAAGAGCGAUUAUUUCGAUAUAAUCGAAGAAGAGUUACCUUCUACUAAAAGCGAUGAUGAUUUUACUACUAGUAUUAAAUCAAUCGAUAAUACUAAUAAUAAUCAGCCGAAUAUUAGCCAGCCAAGAGUCGUUAAAAUAGAAGAAGCCGAAGAUCAACCUUAUUUUGACGACACUGAAUCUCGCGCUAGCGAUGCUCUUAGUGAUCUAAAUACAGAUCCUAAUAAGGCUACCGUAGAAGCGCCUAAGGCUCCUAAAACUCGAGGCCCGGCGAAAGAUUACUCCGAUCAAAGACCAAACGUAACUACUAGAUCGAGUAAAAAUAACUCCUUUAAUUUAGCUAUUACAGAGCUAAAUAAUCGAUUAAUCGAAGAGCAAAUACAAGCUAUGUCGGUUUACAAGAACGUAACUCUUCUAGCUUCAAUGGCUUUAAUUAGCUCUAAAACUGAUCGAAAUCUCGAUCAAGGGCUAAUUAAAUUAAGCGAUAAAAAUAGUUCUAAAAAAGUAGUCAAUAAAAGCGCUAGCAAUAAUAUUAAACCCUUAAAAACUCGAUGGGUUUAUAAAAUCAAGCAAGGUACCGAUACCUACGAAUUUAAAUCAAAGUUCGUGGCUAAAGGGUUUAAGCAAUUAUAUGGCUUAAACUAUAUAGAUACCUUUGCUAGCGUUGUUAAACAAAUGGCUUGGCGCUUAAUUUUUGCGCUAGCUGUUUUAUAUGGCUGGUUUAUAUAUAAAAUCGACAUAAUAUCAGCUUUUACUCAAAGCGAUAUUGACUUAAAGCUAUAUAUAAUUCCUUUAAUAGGAAUCAAUAGCUCUAAAUACGCGAAUAAGCUAUUAAUGCUUAAUAAAGCAUUAUACGGACUGAAACAAUCAGCUCGCUUAUGGUUUAUCACGUUAAAAGAAGUGCUUAUACAAAAAUUCAGCUUUACGCCUUUACUAGCUGAUAGCUGUAUUUUGUAUAAUAAAGAGCUAAAAUUAAUCAUUAGCGUUUACGUUGAUGAUUUAGCACUUAUUAGUCCGAAUAUCGAUACAAUAAAAUCCUUUAUUAAAGAACUUCAAAAAUACUUUAAAUUAAAGGAUUUAAGGCUAAUAAAAGAUUAUUUAGGUAUCGAUAUCGAAUACGAUAUUAAGCGAGGCUAUAUGAAAUUAAGCCAAGAAUCUUAUAUUACUAAGAUUUUGAAUCGUUUCGAUAUGCUAGAUUGCAAGCCUAAACCAAUACCAAUAGAUUCAAAGGCUAAAUUAGAGCCUAAUCCUAAUAAGGCUAGCGCGUCAGAGAUCACGUGGUUCCAGCAACUCGAUUUGCAAGCAAUCCUAGCGAAAGCCAUAUUAUAA